AUGGCCUCACUGUCUCAGCACCUGGUCAAGAUGCUAUCUGCCCGCCAUGGCUCCUUUCUCUUCCGUAUAUUUUCCUUGCUCCCCCAGCUCUCCCUCUCACUCCACCGAGACUACUUAUCUGCCCAUCGCCUGUUCUCUUCUCUUCUUCGUGUUUCCUUGAUCUGUCAUUUCUGCUCGCUCAGCCGUCGUUACCGACCGUCUACUCUUGAUCUACCAGCCACUUCAUUUUAUUCUCAUUCCUCUGCCUCCGAACCCUCGCCGUCCCUUCAAUCCCGCCGAGUUUGA